AUGGUACCCAUUGCUCCUCCAGAUGAGUAUAGGUCCCCCUCUCCUCUUGACAUUCCAGGACAUAAUUCUGGCUUUCCCAAGUCAUCUUGGCUAUUGAAGAACCCUCAGUGGAGACUAGGUGUAUACAGAGUCUCAAGCAUUAGUUUCAAGAUACAGGACUCAAUGCAGAUCUAUGACCUCAUUAACUUUUUGGUAUACAAUCACUUGUUAGGGUAUAGUUUAGGGAAUAUUAAAAACCAUCAUACAGCAGCCCUCAAGUUACAUAGAGAUCCUACUUCCUUGCGUACUCAUAAAGACAUCCAUUCCUUAUUUGCUUGCUUGGCUAUAAUGGCCAUUCUGACUCAACAACACAAGACCCACAUGGACCUAACUCCAACUCUUUCCUUCCUUGCUUCGAUUCCAUCUCUUGCCUCCACAUCCCUUGCAGCACUAGCAUGGAAAACAGUCUUUCUGCUUGCCAUGACUGCCUUCCUCAGGCCCUCUGAUUUGAACUGCUUGCAGCUUACCUCGGCUUACCUCCAGACCAACACGGGAGCACUUGUGUUUGAUUUGCAUGCACCAAAGGAAUGCAGAUGA